CAAAAGUAAAACAGUCUUGUUCGGGUUUUGAGAGACAGAGGGGUUUAAGCUUCUAGUUCUGGGUUGUUCGUGUUUCAUCAAUCUUCGCAUCUCAGAAGGCUUGGGUUUGGCUUUUGCGCCCUGUUGAGAACCAGCGUUUCCAGAUGCCUCGAAGACCAUCAGGAAGACGAUUGGCAAAUUAUCAGCCUAUAGCAUUUUCACCGUUUAUGCGGUUACUUGCUUUUGCUUCAACGGGUAGGCGUGAUUUGCCUCAUCCUAAUGACUGUCAAUGUUCUGAAGAGAUCUCUUUUGUUGAAAAGGAAAAGCUCCCUAAGUUAUCUAGAAAAGAGAAGGACCAACAACUUUUGGACUCUUCUGAUGAAGAAGACUCUCAGGAGGAUGUUCAAGCAGAUUUUGAGUUCUUUGAUCCUAAACCUACAGACUUUCAUGGGGUUAAGACUCUAUUACAGAACUAUCUCGAUGACAAGGAGUGGGAUUUGAGCAGUUUUGUUGAUUUGAUAUUGGAACAGACAACAGUAGGAACUGUUGUGAAAGUUGCAGAUGAUGAGGACGAGUCAGUAUUUGCUGUUGUCUCUGCUCUUAACUUGGCAAGAUAUAAGGAGAAUAAGUGCUUUAGAGAGUUGAAAGAAUUCCUUCGUAAAGUUUGCUCGGAAAAGAAUAUAACGAACAACCUAGACAUGCUCUUAGAGAAAAAAGCACAAGAUGUUGGGUUAUUGGUUUCUCAAAGAGUAAUGAAUCUUCCCCCACAACUUCUUCCUCCUCUUUAUGAUGGGUUGUUCGAGGAAGUCUCUUGGGCCACUGAAGAUGAGCCUACGGGAGAGCUUCGAAAUUCAUUCCGCUUCAAGUCAUAUCUUCUAGUCACCAAGAUUUACAAGCUGAAGAAUCCUCAGCAGAGAAAACCUCGCCAUGGUGAAGAAGACAUUGAAGAAACAAUAUUUCUCAAGCCUGAAGAUGAACUUUUCCUCGAGCUUAGCUCUUGGUCCUUCACAUACCCCAUGCGCUCACAGCUCGUAACUUCUCAAGAAAUGAAGAAUUAUCAGCUGAUGGGUUUAGUGAUGGCCGUGGAAGCAAAUAAGAUUAGUAAAUUCAGACAGAUGUUGAAAUCUCUCAUUGAUUAAUAGUGAUGAACAUCUUCUUCUUCUUCUUUUUAAAGAUUCAGUUGUAUCGAUUCCCGCCAGUUUUGAUUCGGUUAACAUGUACUGUGUGUAUUUCCUGCAAAACUGCGAGGCUUUGUUUUGUGGGAAGGAAACCAAACUAUAUCUCAAAAAGUAUUAUUUCAGAUACUUCAUCUUUGUUGAAAAA